AUGGAGUAUUCAACAAAGCAACAACGCCGGGCAGUCACGAAGAAGGACUUGCAAGACUUGCAGGCCUCACGCCCUCAGUUGUUGCCAAAGCAGCCGCCAACGAGAUCCGAACCGGCCAAUGGAUUUAGUGUGAAGUACUCCACGCUUGCGAACCAUGAGAUCAAGCUUAAGGUUAUCCUGGACAUUGCUGAGAAGUGUGAGAUAACUUUUUGGAAGGGCGAUAUAUUGUUCCUCAGGACCGGCUUCACGAAAGAAUGGGAUACCACUGUGACAGCCGAAGCCAAGAAAAGCUACGCAGAGAACCCAGCGGAGAUGCAACAUGCAGGCGUUGAGGCUACGCAGGAUGUACUGCGCUGGGUAUGGGAUGAGGGCUUCACGGCUGUGGCAGGCGACUCUGUCGCGUGGGAAGUGUUUCCUCCGAAGCCAGAGCCUGUGCUACACGAGUGCCUGUUGGCAGGCUGGGGCAUGCCGAUUGGCGAGAUGUUUGAUCUGGAGGGUUUGGCGGAGCUUGGUAGAGGAGAAUUGGUGGACGUUCUUCGUGACAUCCAGUCCAUUCAACAUGCCAGGGGGUCUAUCGAGUCCGCCAAAUUAUACGGCGUUGUUCUGAGGUUGUACCUCCUAAAACAAUCAGUGAAUAUCGAAAUGCUGCCCGGGUACACAAUCCAAGAACUGCUGUUCAUCUCGUUUGUUCUCGUUCUCGGUUCGAGCCGACAUCUGUGGCUUGUGGCUUUUCACGAUGCAUACCCGCCAGGAUCCGGCAAGCCUCAUCAGCCUUAUGAUCUCGCUUGCAGUUUUUCCGCUUUGCAGUCCUGA